GGGAGGAGCCCGGCCGGACGGCGGCCCGGCAGCGAGGCCGGGGCCGCGCGGCUUGGCAGAGGGAAAUACACGAAACGCACGGCAUCGCUGGCCUGGUCAGGGGUCUCCCGCUUUGAAGUUUUAAUUGGUCCUUAGGACACAGCUUCGGCGCUGUGAAAUGCUGCGCUAGCGUUGUUCUCACAGCAGCAGCCAGAGAACAGGCUGAAACAUAAAGUUGCCCUGAGUAAAGCAACAUGAGAUGGAUGGUUUUUGAGAACUAUUUUUCGAAUAAAGGACAUGUUACAGAUCUCAAAUACACAGAUUUGUGAAAGACGCAAUGCCACGGGUAAGGUUAUUGAUGGUGAAGAAUGGUUUACAGUUGUCCCAUGGCUAAGGAGGCGGCCAGGCAAUAGCAAGUUACGAUGGAAAGAAGCGGCCAGGCAAUAGCAAGUUACGAUGGAAAGCAGUGACCAGGCUGGCGGGACGUGCUGGUGGACUUCCUCAAAACAAUGGCAUUGCCUUUCGUUAACAACUUCAGGAGAUGGACUGCCAGCUGAAAUUCCUCUCCAUAUAACAGCAGCACACUACAGAUCAGAAGUUUUAUGAUCUCCAUUGUAAGUCACCUGGAUGACCUCAUACCUACUGAAGGUGAUACUGAAGAUGACUUGGAAGUUGGAUCAGGAGCCACCAACCAUACUAGAUCAUUCCUACAUGAACAGCGAAUAGUGUCAGUGCAAACAGUGAGAUACCUCGCUAGUCCAUGGCUGACGCAUUUUGUUCCUUCAGUUUACACCGUAGUGCUUGUGCUGAGUCUCCCCCUAAACAUUACAGCGAUACUUGUGUUUCUGAAAAAAAUGAAAAUUGAAAAGCCAGCUGUGAUAUACAUGCUGAAUUUGGCCCUUGCAGAUGUCCUGUUUGUAAGCGUGCUUCCUUUUAAGAUUGCUUAUCACUUUUCUGGAAAUGACUGGGCUUUUGGACCCGAAAUGUGCCGUUUCAUCACUGCUGCUUUCUACUGUAACAUGUAUUGUUCAAUUAUGCUUAUGACAAGCAUUAGCUUCGAUCGCUUCUUAGCAGUGGUAUAUCCCAUACGGUCUCUUGGGUGGCGUACGUUAACACGUGCCUCACUGAUUUGUUUCAUCAUAUGGCUUGUAGCGAUAACUGGGGCUAUACCUCUUCUCAUUAGAGAGCAAACAAUGGAAAUACCCAAUUUAAAUAUAACUACUUGCCACGAUGUGCAAAGAGAAUCUGAGCUUCAUGGCUAUUACCUCCACUUCUUCUCCAUCUUCUCUUCUGUGUUUUUUGUAGUGCCAUUUAUAAUUUCUACUGUCUGUUACGUGUGUAUCAUUCGAUGUCUUAGUUCUUCUACUCUUGUUGCAAAACAAAACAAGAAGACGCGUGCCUUGCUCUUGUGUGUGGCUGUUUUUUCUGUUUUUGUUAUUUGCUUUGGACCAACAAAUGUUCUCCUAUUAAUUCAUUAUAUCCAUUUUUCUUAUGACAACAGCUUAGAAUAUCUCUACUUUGCCUAUCUACUCUGUGUUUGUAUCAGCAGCAUUAGCUGUUGCAUUGAUCCCUUCAUUUACUACUAUGCUUCUUCUCAGUAUCAGAGACAACUUUUCAGUCUCUUCAAUUGUAAAAAGACUUUUGAUCCUAACAGUAGUAACAGCAGUGGCCAGUCAAUGUCUACCACUAGCAGAAGGGGUACGUGCUCUACUAAUGUGAACAACAGUGUCUACAGGAAAUUAUUAGCAAUGCAUUGAGAAAACAUGUCUUACAUCUGCUUAAUUUUUAGGCAAUUUCAGACAAAAAGAAAGACUGCAUUAUAUAUUACAAGUUUUUGUCCGAUACAUAGUUCUGUGGAUUUAUUAUAGUAAUAAAGAAUUCAUAUUAUAACUCUGUAAAUGUACAUAUAUUGCAUAUAUAAAUAAGUUAACAUAGAGGGGAAAAAUAAUUCCUUAAUAAUAGUUGUUGAGUGUUUUUCAAAUAAAUCUUUUUUUUUCAGACAAA